AUGACCGCGGAAAAUAAUAUUGAUAAUGUCCUAAUACAUAUCAAUUCGGGCUCCAAGUAUUUCGAAAAAUGCUGCUGGACUGGUCAACAAGGUUUUGUCAUCCGAAGAUACUUCUUGUUUUUACCCGAAUCUACCUCGUUGUCUUAUUCACAUGGCAUGUUCUUCUUUUUCGUUGAUCGGUCGAAAGGCAACGAGUGUUCCCCAAGCCCAACUCGUAUGACAGAGCCCUUGUAG